AUGAGAUAUUGCAUGCCUUUAAACUAUGUGAUUGAUUAUGUAAUUACCAUGAAUGUAAGUGUGUACUAAUUGACAGUUCAACCCGCAUUAUCUCAUAGGGGGCUUCUAGAGAUUCCAAUGACAAAUUUUUCUAAAGGAGACGCCACGUGGAGGCUCUUUCCUGGAUCAGACUGUUUUGAUGCUUCAGCCAAUGUUUCACUUUUUUCAAGCUCUCUUCCCGUUCUCUCCCAUAAGAAGCUGAACUUGAGUGAAGUGGGACACGGUCUCAAAGCUAUCGAUGACACAUCAGUCUUGAAGAAGAUUCACCCUGAAGUAGAGGGUGAUGACUUGCUUGAAGAUUCUAUUCGCACUUCAAUCAAAUGCUUGCUUCCUGACGAUGAAGAUGAACUUUUAUCUGGCAUAGUGGGUGGCUAUGAACUGAAUGGGCUUCCCAAUCACAGCGACGACUUGGAAGAUUAUGAUUUGUUUGGCAGUGGAGGAGGGUUGGAACUGGAACCCGAUCCUCAGGAAAAUCUAACUGUUGGUUUGUCAAAACUAAGUCUCUCUGAUAUUGCUGGAGUGCCUCAUAAUGGACUUCCUAAUGGAGGUGGGGCCAUCAGUGGCGAGCAUCCCCUGGGGGAACAUCCUUCAAGAACGCUAUUUGUUCGUAAUAUCAACAGUAAUGUUGAGGAUUCCGAAUUGAGGACUCUCUUUGAGCAAUAUGGUGAUAUCAGAACUAUGUACACUGCUUGUAAACAUAGGGGUUUCGUGAUGAUAUCUUACUAUGAUAUCCGUGCUGCUCGAACAGCAAUGCGGGCUUUACAGAAUAAGCCUCUGCGGAGAAGAAAACUCGAUAUUCAUUUCUCAAUCCCUAAGGAUAACCCUUCAGAGAAAGAUGUUAACCAAGGAACCCUAGUGGUUUUCAAUUUGGACCCAUCAGUUUCAAGUGAUCACCUCCAUCAAAUCUUUGGGUCUUAUGGUGAGAUCAAAGAGAUAAGGGAGACCCCACACAAGCGGCACCACAAGUUCAUUGAGUACUAUGAUGUUAGGGCUGCCGAAGCGGCUCUUAGAUCCUUAAAUAGGAGUGACAUAGCGGGGAAGCGGAUCAAACUCGAACCUAGCCGCCCCGGGGGAGCACGCCGAAAUUUUCUGUUAAAUCAAGACCCCGAACACGAAGAAUCUCGGAGUUUACCUGUUCAUUUAGGAUCUUCAUUCGGUACAUCUCCAUCAGGUAACUGGCAACACUUUGGCAGCCCCGGUGAUCAUCAUGAUCAUAUGCAAAGUCCUAGCAAUCCUAAUGGUUUUAGACCCUUGAAUUCUACAUCUGGAAAUAACUUGCCCGGAUUAGCUUCCAUUUUGUCUCCUCAAACAUUGAACUCUGGUAGGGUUGCACCUAUUGGUAAGUGUGAAAGAACCAGUUCUUCCAUCCAACAACAACCUCAUUCUUUUCCAGAGCCAAAACCGAGUUGGUAUUCCGGCCCGAUCUCUUCAUACGGUGCUUCUAGUUCAAACGGUUCGGGUAUCGAAACGCUCUCCGGGACCCAAUUUCUUUGGGGAAGUCCGAAGGUCUAUCCUGAACAAAGUAACAAUAGUUCUUCUACUUGGCAUCCUUUCGCCUCGAACGGCCGCGGGUAUCCGUUUCCCGCGCAACACCGCCGCCGGGACCUUCAUAAUGUGGGGUCCGCUCCAUCGGGUCUUCCUUUCGAGAGGCACUUGGGUUUCUUCCCGGAGUCGUUACCGGAAGCCUCUUACUUGGGUCCCGCUUUCCGAGGCACUAGCAUUGGAUCCUACGAGAGGAGUCAUAUGAUGAAUGCGAAUAUGCCGGCCGAUAGUGGGCCCCCCGGAUUCAACAUGUUGACUUCCCAAAGGUUGAGCUCCGUGUUCUUGGGAAACGGUCAUGUACCGGGACCCACAGCUGCUGUGUUUGAAGGUUUAGCCGAACAUGCGCAUGCCAGGCGGGUAGAGGUUUAUGGGAACCAGAUUGAUAAUAGAAAGUUUCAGCUUGACUUGGACAAGAUUAGAAAUGGGGAUGAUACUCGGACAACGUUAAUGAUAAAAAACAUCCCAAACAAGUACACGUCGAAGAUGCUGUUGGCUACCAUCGAUGAACGUCAUAGGGGAACCUAUGACUUCCUGUAUUUGCCCAUUGAUUUUAAGAAUAAGUGCAACGUGGGCUAUGCAUUUAUUAAUAUGUUGUCUCCCUUGCUCAUCAUACCAUUUUAUGAGGCAUUUAAUGGGAAAAAGUGGGAGAAGUUCAAUAGUGAGAAAAUGGCUUCUUUGGCAUAUGCUCGAAUCCAGGGAAAGAGUGCCCUCGUCUCUCACUUUCAGAACUCAAGCCUGAUGAAUGAAGAUAAGCGGUGCAGGCCAAUAGUAUUCCAUUCAGAAAGUCCAGAUUCUAGUUGUCAGAUUGUCCAGGAACAUCUAGUAUCCAGUGGUCUGAACAUUCAAACACGUCAAUCAAAUGUGUUGGAGUCAUUUUCAAGCACCCCACCAGAGUGAUUUUCAGCAGCCCGAAAGCAUUUCGUUGUGUCAAUCCAAGCAAAGUGGAUGCUGUUUGGUUACCCGUAGUACGUUUUUGCUCUUUUUUUUUUGUGAAAAAAAAGCUCUAACGACAUGUUCUUGUUUAGCAGUUUUUUGUAUCAUAGUAAUGGCUGGUUUGGCAAUCAUCCUUUUGGCUCCUGCAAACCGGCAAAGAAGUGGCGCUAACUUAUCUACGUUUUGGAAAUUUUUGCAAACUGCGAUUCGUCUGUUCGUCUCAGCUGUGGUGUUAGGUGAAGGGUAUUUUUUUUGGUUAAUUUUAUUUCUUUUCAUGAGAACGAAAUAACUAUGAAUGGUACGUGUAUAUUGCCAAAAGUGUGUAAAUUUGGCAUUUUUACCCGCGAACGCGGUGUACAAAGUUUUUCUAACUCGCGGGCUCAGGGAAAGCCCCCACUAUGAUCGUGUAAUGUAGACAAACUUUACCCGCUUUGGGUUACCAUUAUAAGUAAUACGAGUACUUUAGAUAUAGUAAAUACUCCGUACUUAU